AUGUCUCCCCCUCACAAUCGUUUAUCACACCGUUCCCGCCAUUCGUUUAGCCCUGUUGAGCCUCAAUACUCAAUAGAGACUGUAAUUCCCGUACACGAAGAUGGUCUCGGUUCUUUGGAUCGAAUACGGAGUGCUAGCGUGGAUGGGCUCAACCAAGGUCUUAAGUCUCCUGAAGAGCCCGAGAUCGAACCCGUAGACUGCACUCCGUCUAGCAGUUCAUAUUUCUCCGAUGAGCAGGCUACUUCAACGAUGUCAUCUUUUUCAGCUGGUGAUCUUUCGGUUGGACCGCCACAACAUGCUAAGGAAGGCCACCUUACACAACGGAGUGUGAUCACUUCCACAAGCGUCAUUAAGGAGACAGUCUAUAUGACUGUUAGCCAGGCGCUUACCACUCUACUACUCUCUGCUUCUCAAUAUUCUACCCUUCUAUCUCCUACCCCUACAUCUUCUCACUUUACUACGUCAUCUACCACCAGUACUUCUCAAUGCAACGGGGUCUCUUGUUCCCCGUCCACGACCACCUAUCAAACAUCUGCUCAACAGUCCUUUUCUACAGGAAGCUCGUACAUUAUAUACCCAACAUCCUCAACUCUCAGUAACGCUACAGUCUCCUCAAAUGCUGAUACAUCCGCAACAACAACAGCAACGACGACGAUGACGUCGCUUCAGUCUGUCCUACCAUCUAGCUCAGUGUCAUUGAGCAGCACUGUUGUGAUUUCGAGCACAUUAGCUCACUCAACAGCAGUGCCUGACACCAAUUCGAAACCUCAAUCACCUUCACCUUCGUACACGGCUGCCAUCGUAGGAGGGGUUGUCGGAGCGCUCGCGCUUCUAGCACUUCUGAUCUUUAUUGCGAUAUGGUAUCGCGGGAGAAGACGACUCUCUGUGACACCCUUCAUCUUCCCCUCGAUUACAACAACGACGCAGACCGGGUCAAAUGUCUGGCUCCAGUCUCAAGGCAUACGUGAUGCCGCUCGUGCCAGCAGCAGCAUAGGCGACAUCGUUCGUCCAAGUGGCAUACGUGAUGCCAUUCAUCCAAGUAGCAGAGGUCCAUCGUCCAUUUAUUCCCAGCCAUGCCUCGUGGAGUAUCCCGGCAACAGAUGCCCACCCGUUGCCACAGAUUCCGUAUCAUUUCGUUCGCCCGAAAACGACAACGACUUUUCCUCCGUCAUUAUCCUGCGUCAACAGUCCAAUGGGCUAGAAAAUUUGGAUCCAUACCCGUCUCACGCUCGCACUUCUGAUCAUGAUUGUCAUUCCAGUGUAGCUAACUGGCUCAACCAAGUUGUUAUGGAGAGUCCUUCGCCAGAACCAAGCGAAGUGUUACCAGCUUAUCGUUCAACGAAAUCUUUGAAGAACGGAAAAGCAGGUCAUGAUGACUAUGAUAUCCCUCUCCUCCCGUAA